CACGAUCUUCACGAUUCAGCAUAAGGAUAAGAAAUUCGUGCAAAUUGAAAGUCAAAUUCUUAGUGAAGAAACUGAGUCAGUGUCAGCUAGACCUAUAUUUGUGGCAGAACCAAAAGAUUCUAGGGAGGAUCCUAGAAACUGAGUCAGCUAGAUUUGUGGCAGAACCAGAAGAUUCUAGCGAAGAUCUUGCGGCCUCCGCGAUUUCGUUUUCAUCGGAAUCGGAAGAGCGACAAAACAAAGCGCGUCUAGUAGCACCAGCAGCGGCGGAGGCAGCUGCAAGCUACUUCCGCGUCGUCUGAAGUAUCUUGGCCUUUCGCAAGUUACUUCAGCGUCAAGCUACUUCAGCGUCGUCUGAAGAUUCUUGGCCUUUCGCAAGAACCAUGUCACGUCGCGGGACCAGCAAUUUUGCGCGCGCAGCGCAACAGCCUGUGAUACAAGACAGCGUUUUCAAGGAGUGUGCCUACAAGGAAUGGGUGACACACCAGUUCAACGAGGUCAAAGUCGAGUCAUGGGGAGAAAAAGAAAAGCAAGCUGGCGAGCCACAACGAAAAGCGACAGCAUACAUGAAGCACUUCGCCCCACCGAAAGCGUACUACUAUCUUGUGUGCUAGUUGUACUAGAAUCCUUCUAAUUCAUUGACGAAAGACCUCAGGUUUUCUUGAACAAGUCUAAGUGAAUCGCUGCACUCACGUCAUUGAAUGCAUUUUCAUUUGGAUUAUCUUCUUAAUCUUUGUUUAUUUCUACUUAGUACGUACUAGUACUUCUACACAAUUUACCAGCAGGUACGGAACCGGUAUAACGGGUGCUCCUGCGGCAGGCAAGCCCAGCGUGGUGCCGGAAGGAGUCGGUGAAGGGAAAAAAUGAUGCACGCGGAGGUUUGGAAGUCAGUUGUACAGCAGGAACAGCCUUCACCAGCAUAAUGUAACCUCAUUGGAGCAAGAAUGCAUAGAUGAUGUGUAUAGCUAUAGGCAUGCCAUGAAGAUGGUGGUAGAACGAGAAGACUUGUUGUGCGUGUGCUUUUGUACUGUAGAUAGGUGAAUAAGCUGGAGGAUUUAUGUGCCACGCGGUUGCCACACUCAUCCUCUGCUCCCUUUGCUCUGACCCGUAAUUCCGUACUUCUCCCUAUCUAGUAGAAACGGAGAUCCUCUUCUACUUUUUCGGGUUCAGUCCUG